GAGCAAUAUCAAGAUCCAGAUCUUAGACGUGCCUGAUAGUUUGUGAUACGCUGUUCCCUGCUAGCAGAUUCUCCUUUUCGGUUAAUUCUGCUAGUAGGGAAGACAGACUGCUACACUGACGAGAGGUUUUUAAAAAGAUCAGCUGCUAUAGUGACCACUUCUGGUAAGUCAUAUUGAAUCAGACAUUACUCGUAGUCUAAUGCAGGCAAGUCAUUUGUAAAGGCUUUUAGUUCCGUAUUAAAGGAUGAAUUUUCUUCAUUCUUUAUUCUUCAUCACCCCUCUGCCAAAAGUUUACCCCCUCUUUGUCGGAAGGGUGGGGUAAAAAUUUACAAAGCGUUAAGCUUGAAUGAAAGACCAGGUAGAAAAAAAAAGAAUCCAUCUCGAUUGCUCCAGAAAAAUGCAAAACAUUUACCACUUCUUCAAACGCAUGACGAUGGAACAAGAAAAUGGCUGAAAGAAUUGCCUCUACAGGUCAGGAAACAGAUUGCAACUAACUUAAGGCUUUUAAUCCUUGACGAUUUGACUUGUCUGCCCCUCAGACUUUAAUAAACGUGAGAUAAAUCAUGAACAGACACGACUCAAGGUGCCAUGAUCGGUGAAUAUCCGACGCGGCGAGAUUUCUUUAGUUUCUAGCCCAAACAACCAUUUUGUCAAUAGCUUAAUGGUCCCCGUUCCCCUUCGUUUUGCGUCGAAUUGCCGCCGGCCUAUAUGGGGUUAGCCUUACAUGAAAUGGCCGGGGGAUAUGUGCUCUUGAAAUUGAGUGAUGCAUCCUCGUAUGUUAUUUCUUUAAUUUUGUUAAGUGGUGAACGUUUUAGUAAAUUAACGCUUUUCAUAAAAAUACACUUAUCUGUAUUAAACUUGCUCCGCGCAAAUCCAACUUUUAGUAAAAGUGCUUCACUUUGGUUGCGGUCAACACCUAUGACCUAUGUAAGUAUCUAAUUAUUAAGAAGAGGUAUACCUAGUAUGGCGCAUUGGUGCUUUUGGUUGUCUCCUUCUCCACAACUUUUUUUUUUCUUUUUUUGUUUGUUUGUUAAAGUAGUGUUAGCUUAUUUCAUUUAAUUAUUUGCUUGUUAUGCAGUGGAGUGAAUCUGUAAUAAAUAAAUAAAUAAAUAAAUAAAUAAAGCGGAUCGAUCUUACCCGAUAUUUGCUUUUGACGCUAAUAUCGUUUUGAGCCUUCGUUAACCUUGUCCGGAGGAACCGGAAACGGACGCUCUGGAGGAAUCCAAAACCGCAAAAUCCUUGUUCCAGUUUAAUUGCGCCUGCGUGAAGUGCAGUUGUUUACCUUUCUGACCAAGGGGCGUUCUCGAAGGAAUUUUUCACAAAACCACGCUUCAUUCGCGUGUUCUUUCUACAGCAGUUUUCUUUACUUUACCUUCAAUUGAAGCGUUUAGGAAAGGAAGGAAGCUAAAACGACUGUAGAGGGAGACCGAAAAUUCCAAAAAUAUCUUUAAAACGCGGCUACAAGAGUCCAUUGUACACCAACAACUGUAACAUUCGUUAUAUUGUGUUUCCAACAACUGAAACAUUCGUAAAUCAUGACGGCACACAUUCUUUCGCGCUCGUUCCACGGCUAAAAAGAAGGAGCACAGCUCGUGUCAAGUUGGUAAAUUAGGAAGCUCACACGUCCACCCAGGAAAGUAAAAUGAAGAAGAUAAUGACCUUUUCAGUCACUUGUAAGCAUAAGAUCUCUAUAAGAAUAAGAUCUCUAUAAAAAAUGGCAAAAUAACGACUUAAGAAGCUAUGUCAGCUUUGGUAUUACACCCUAAAACACUUGGGAAUAAAAGAAAGCCUUGAAAUAAUGGUUCAGUUUAAUUAAAAAUUACUCGACUACUUUGCCUUAACUAUAACUUAACUUCUAUCGAAAGCCAGGAUAGAAACAGAUUGCAACUUGAAAAUUGUGGGAUUAUGACCAAAAACUAUGAUUUCCUAGUUUUCCCUUUCGAUAAAAUCAUUUUAUAUCUUUCUUUUAGAGUUCCAAGUACGACGGAAAGAUAACUGAGACAGAGAAUACUUAGUUAUCUCUAGUAAUAUCAAAUCUCAGCUCAGCUUUGACCAAAAAAAGAGGAACCAAUAAUGACAUACUCACUUAAAAAUCAAGACGAGGGGACUUUUUUAACCAUAUGCCACUGUAGCGUGGUCUCGCAACUGCUUUAUUUUGUUUAUAAGACAAACUGUUUCCUUAACAGUUUCAAGUCGCAUCUGAUUGGUGAUUACAUAAAUAGCAUGUCUAAAUCAAAACAAAGUGUUAACGGUGUUUUGAUUUGCAGGUUAAUUUGCAUAUCAUGAAAACAUUUUUAUCACAAAAUCAGAGAUGGCUUUUUCAAGAUUUGGUUUUUUAUUACUCUAGAGGUCUGUGAUGUUUAGUGGUAACCAAAAGGAUCGCAGAAAACGCGAGAAUUUUGACGCAAUCUCGUCUUCUGGCCUGGCUUUUUUUCAGCAACGCUGACCAAAAAACCAGAAGACUGAUUUUGAUGCAAUUUUAAUUACCAACUUGCACAGAAAUGAUUUUGUAAAGUUUGAAAAUAGAUAGCUCUUUAUUGUUUAGUUUAGGUAAAAAAAAACACUGCAAAAACCGUGUACGAACAAUCUUGCUCAACGUCGGAUUAAAAAAGAUCGUGAUCAGUCAAAAUAUAUAAAUUAAAACGUUACAGUCAAGAAGACUUUUGCAGGGACUGAUCAAACAACGUGAAAUAGAGUUAAGUUAAUAGAGUUAAGCUCUCUAUUAUCGUUAUCUCUAUUGUAAAUAGCUAUAUUGUGGGUGUGGGUUUCUUUUAAUUUGUAUUUUUGCGUUUUAGAGGGCCACAAGUUUGUCAGUAAUUUUUAGUUACAUUUACGAGUUACCCUCUCAAAAUAAAGUCUUUGCUACUUACUUACCUACCUACCCACCCAUUCACCUACCUACCUACCCACCCACCUACCCACCCACCCACCAACCUACCCACCCACCCACCAACCUACCAAACAACCAACCACCUACCUACCCACCCACCUACCUAUCUACCUACCUAACAAAUCACCCAUCCAACCACCCACCCACCCACCUACCUACCUACCAGUGAUGACGUAGCAAUAGUAAAUUAACAUCUCCCCCAGGGCCUCUCUUGUUCCCGUCCCUUGUAGGGCGAGUGGGGCUUUUUUUAAGGCCCCGUCCACAAGUAUCCGAUAUUUUUGAGUCUGCAACGUUUUCCUUGCGGAUUCAAAAAUUUUCACGUCCACACGCAGUGUUCAAGUCGAAUUUGCUCGUCCACACGUAUCUGGAUUCAGACUCAGCUCGUCGGCUAAUUUGGGCCGGAAAACAACAUUCUUGUUAAAGAAAAGAGUGUAAUUGAUUUUUUUGCCCGUUUAAUUUCAGCCAGAGUAGACUGAAUUAAAUAGACCGUCGUUCACUCAAAGGGACACAACAUGUCGAUAAAUAUGUAAGUAUCUAGGAGUGUCUCAUACAGUUAUUUUGACUAGAAAACUAUUAUGUGUGAACCCCAAGAUAGGGUAUAGUUAUUAGUCUCGCUUAUUUUACUAGCGAGACUCUAAAAAUGCAAGCGUUUCUUUCCUUCUUUUUUGCUUGUGUGCGCGCCAUGAGGGGAAUCAUGGUCCCUGGCGUUACCAGCGGAGACCGUGGAAACUGAGGAUAAGAAUCGCGACUUGUCGCACUUGCAUUGUAUGCAAAUGAGUCUUGUGAUGAACAUGCGUGGUGUAUUUUCGGCAAUGAUUGAAAUGACGCAACAUAUUCAUCACGUUUUUGUUUUCUGGCAAUGACGUAAUUUAUCUCGAAUCGAGGCCCUUGAUUUUCGCGUAUGCAUACACGCAUACUCAGUCAAUUCAGAAACAAAUCGUCGAAUACGAUAUUAAAAGUAAAUAUUCUGAAUACUCGACCGUCGAUAAAGUAGGACGUGAAAGACUUUUAGCGAAGAAUUUCUGGUUCGUGUAGAAUUAAUCGCCUAAUCAUUUCUUAUCUAAUCUCUAAGCAUGCGAGACUUAACACUUUUUGCGUUCUUUUUCAUUUUGAUUGUUACCUGUCACCGCAUCACGGUAUCCUAAGUUAUGAAAGUAAAUCCGUGACUACCAACGUAAUGGGUACAGAGUGAGGCUAAUAGCACUUUAGUAAAAUCCAACUAGUGGUCUAUUAUCAAUGCUGCAUUCUGAUUGGUUGAGCUACUACAAGGCUAUAAGUUAUAGCCCACCAGUAGCGAAAAGCGCCAGUUUUUUUUUAAAGUCUAGCUUUAACUAGCUAAAAAUUUUUUAUUCUCAAUAUUUUUGACCAACUAAUUAGCCUCAUGGGCUAUUGUUAAAUAUGACAUGAAUGAUGACAUAACAUCAUUCGUUAAGAUAUCAAGGUACCAAGACAAUUUCUGAGAUAUGAAAUCUCUACAGAAAUUUACUUAGGGUGAUAUUAUUAUAUCACAGCAUCUACAGAAGAGUUCGAUGACAAGGGAUAUAAAAGCACCUAAAUUUUCAAACCAGUCUUUCUAAGCAAACCUGUCAUUCUAUACUUUCCGACUAUCUGAAGUCCUUUGUUCCUGGUCUGAGAAGAUGGUUUAUUUUUUAAGAAAAUCAUAAACUUUUCUAGGCGGGAUCAGAGAAGGCAGAAAUCAGUUUCUUUUUCCUUAAUCAGUUUCUUUUGUGCUCUGCGAAUGCUUUAAAAUUUUACUAAUCAAUUAUCAGGAGACACGAGACGGGAAAACAAAAGAAGAAAUUUCUGAUAUUUCUGAAAGUUACGAUUGAUCGAAAAAACCUUCGGUAUUUGUUUUUGUUGCUUCUACAACAUCAGUGACAGCUUACAGCGUUACCCUCACCGUCGUUCAAAAGUUUUCUUUUUUUUAUCUUCUCUGCGGCAUCAAACGAGAAGAAUACAACAACAAAAACAACUUAAUUUGUACUCUACAUUAAUUUACAGUGAUAUAAAAAAAUACUAUAAAAUCUAGAGGGAUUACAGGCUGCCCAUAAUGACUAUUUAGGGCUAAAAAGAUAGGGCAGCCUUACUUAGGUUAUUAAUGAAUGAUUAUAUUAAGGGUCAGGUACCACAAAAAAGAAAAGAGAAAGAAAAACAGAAAAAGAAAACUAAGUGUGCCAGUAUUAAGCAACGGAGGAUAACCUAGUAUUAUAUGUAUGUAUGUUCCUAACAGGAUUAAAAAAAGUUAUUAAAAACGGACGGUAAAAGUUGGUUAUGGAACUUAUACAUAAACACUGCAAGUUGGAGGGUAAUGAUAUCAGACAGCUUUAUAACAUUCAAGUCUUUAAAACCUCGAUUUAGGUCAUGGCAAGUUUAUGGUUUAAUUUUUAUCUCAAAAAGGGAAUUAAAUUUUAUCAUUUUCUUCCAACAUCAUGUGUGAAUUUUUAAGAUGAACCCACAAAAGCCAGCCAUCCAAUUUGAUAGUCUUUUUUGUCGCUACAUCUUUAGAAAAAAGAGGAACAAUAUCAGCCUAGUCCCCAGGCCUUCUCCGUUCAGUCAAACUUGGACCGUACGUGACGUCAAUGAAAGAGACUAGAACAGACCGAUUCCCAGACUUUGUUCGGACAACGAGGCAAGAGAGAAUGCCUGGGGACUACACUGGGGUGGAAUAACUAAUAGUAUAGCGCGUGGGAUUAUGGGAACUUCAUGACCUGCGAUAUACAGCAUAAAGUAUAAAUUCAAAAACAUGGGGCCGAGGCUUAUGGUUUGCCAUCUGUAUAGAACUGACGAACUGUUCAUUGAGUACAAAACUUUAAGACUAGAGCAUUUGGUGUUCUGUUCUCACUAGCAAACAUGGUAACAUAUUCGAAACAAUUAACAGAAGAUUGUAAUCCGUUUUGAGUAAAAAAAUGACAUAAUCUUGAACUAUUACCAUUACAAAUAAUGUACGAUGUGCGGGGGUUUGAUUAUUCUCAAGAACGAUUGGUGGAUUUUGUGACUAAAUCUUCUUCUCGUUAUAUUGUUUUUUCUGCUUUAUUUUCUUAGAGAGGUUGAUAUGGACAACAAAGACGAAGUUCUGCUGACAAGUCUUCUUUUCGUUUCCCUAUAUCUUCGCAAGACAAAUCGGGUUCCAAACGCUAUCGAGAUGUGUAAAGACAUUUUGUUUCUUCUCGAGCAUAAGACACUGGGAAAUAUAGACGAAAAGUAUAUCAAAAGUUUUGAGAAUGUUCACAGUCACCUAAUAAAAUAUGCCACAAAACUUCUCUUCACUUUUCGACAAGUUUUCGAGAGAAAAAUGGAACUAAGCACAACCUGUAUACUGGCAGAAUUAUACGAAAGUCAACGUAAAUACAAUGAAGCAAAAGGGCUUCAGUUCAAAGCACUUGAAAAGGCAGAGAAAAUUGGCUGCAGGAAAACAGAAGCCUGAUGCUAUAUAAACCUAGGACAUAUCUUUGCUUCACUUAGUGAAUAUGUCAAGGCUCAAGAACAUUCCGAAAAAGGACUUGCAAUCGCAGAGAAAAUUGCAGGCUACAGGAAAACAGAAGCCUAUUGCUAUAUAAACCUAGGACGUAUCUUUGCUUCACUUAGUGAAUAUGUCAAGGCAAAAGAACAUUCCGCAAAAGCACUUGCAAUCGCAGAGAAAAUUGGCGACAGGGAAACAGAAGCCAAAUGCUAUGCAAGCCUAGGAUCUAUCUUUAAGGAUCUCGGUGAAUAUGUCAAGGCUAAAGAACAUUUGGAAAAAGGACUUGCAAUCGCAGAGAAAAUUGGCGACAGGGAAACAGAAGCCAAAUGCUAUGCAAGCCUAGGACAUAUCUUUGCUUCACUUAGUGAAUAUGUCAAGGCUAAAGAACAUUACGAAAAAGGACUUGCAAUCGCAGAGAAAAUUGGCGACAGGGAAACAGAAGCCAAAUGCUAUUUAAACCUAGGACAUAUCUUUGCUUCACUUAGUGAAUAUGUCAAGGCUAAAGAACAUACCGAAAAAGGACUUGCAAUCGCAGAGAAAAUUGGCGACAGGGGAACAGAAGCCAAAUGCUAUGUAAACCUAGGAAAAAUCUUUGCUUCAUUUUGUGAAUAUGUCAAGGCUAAAGAACAUUCCGAAAAAGGACUUGCAAUCGCAGAGAAAAUUGGCGACAGGGAAACAGAAGCCAAAUUCUAUUUAAACCUAGGAAAAAUCUUUGUUUCACUUAGUGAAUAUGUCAAGGCUAAAGAACAUUACAAAAAAGGACUUGCAAUCGCAGAGAAAAUUGGCGACAGAGGAAUAGAAGCCGAAUGCUAUGUAAACCUAGGACGUAUCUUUGCUUCACUUAGUGAAUAUGUCAAGGCUCAAGAACAUUCCGAAAAAGGACUUGCAAUCGCAGAGAAAAUUGGGGACAGGGAAAGAGAAGCCAAAUGCUAUUUAAACCUAGGACAUAUCUUUACUUCACUUAGUGAAUAUGUCAAGGCUCAAGAACAUUCCGAAAAAGGACUUGCAAUCGCAGAGAAAAUUGGCGACAGGGAAAUAGAAGUCCAAUGCUAUACAAACCUAGGAAGGCUGUUUUCUUCGCUCGGUGAAUAUGUCAAGGCUAAAGAAUGCCUCGAAAAAGCCCUUGUAUUGGAGGGAAAGCAUGGGAACAUCGAAAACGAGUCACGUUGUCACUUUCUUCUUUCAGUUUGUUUUUUUUUAGAAGGCAACACAGCUGAAGGUAAAUCAAAUGCCUUUGCCUGUUUGAAUAAGUUAGAAGGUAUUCGACGUCUCCAAGUGCAUGAUAAAUUCAAGAUAUCUUAUUUUGACCGAAAUGUUCAUAACUACCGACUGCUCAGUCAAUUUCUUUGUGCUAACUUCCCAAACGAAGCUUUUAACAUAGAAGAAUUUGGGCGAGCUAGGGCCCUUACAGACUUAAUGUCAGCUCGGUACUCUGUAGAAAACGAAAUACCAGUCAGUCUACAAACAUGGUAUGAUGUUGAAAGUAUCGUCAAGAAAGAAUCCAACUGUGCUUGUCUUUACAUUUCAUACUUAGGACAACUGAUAAAUUUGUGGGUUGUUCAAGCAGAAAACCCUUUAAUUUUCCGGCAAAUAAAGGUAAAUGAUGUUUUUGGAUCAGGAAGCAGAGUGGCUGACUUGCUUUGUCGCGAAAUUUACAGAGAAGUACUUUUUUUAGCCCCUGAACAGUGCGAGGAUCGAUCCUGGCUUCCCUCAAACGCUUACUCGGAGCAGGGGUGUGAACGUCCAAUUGUAGAAGAUGAGAAUGAAAACCAGCAACCCGAGCUUACUCCUGCUUAUGUCUACAAAAUGAUCAUUGCUCCUGUAGCCGACUAUCUUAAUGAGCCUGAAAUCAUCAUUGUUCCUGAUCGCCUCUUUUACAAAGUUCCAUUUGCAGCGCUAGAAGAAGAAAGUGGAAAGUAUUUAUCAGAGUCUUUCAGGAUCCGCAUCGUUCCCUCUUUGGCGACUCUAAAGCUUAUUCAGGACAGUCCGCCAGACUAUCACAGUCAGACUGGUGUACUGAUAGUGGGGGACCCUCAUGUUGGUGACGUGUUGUACAAGGGAAUUCUUCGGCAGAUAUCGAGGCUGUCUUUUGCAAAUAUGGAAGCAAAGAUGAUUGGAAAACUGUUCGGUACUCAACCUCUGCUCGGAAAACAAGCUACAAAGCAGGCGGUCCUUCAAAACAUUCAUUCUGUGUCUCUGAUACAUUUUGCUUGUCACGGUAAUGCUGAAAGAGGUGAAAUUCUUCUUGCUCCUCCACCCCUCACUGAUAGGAGACCUCAAGAAGAAGACUACUUAUUGACUAUGGAGAACAUUUCGAAAGUUCAACUGCGAGCCAAACUGGUGGUCCUUAGCUGCUGUCACAGUGCAAAAGGACAGAUCAGUGCCGAGGGAGUUGUUGGAAUUGCUCGCGCGUUUUUAGGAUCCGGUGCACGCUCAGUGUUGGCGGCACUGUGGGCCAUAGAAGACGAAGCAACAGAGCAGUUCAUGAGUCAUUUCUAUGAGAGUCUUGUUCGUGGGAAAAGCGCCAGUGAAUCCCUUCAACAGGCCAUGAAGUGGAUGAGAGAAAACGGUUUUUCCGAGGUGACGCAGUGGGCGCCAUUUAUGCUUAUUGGAGACAACGUGACGUUGGAUAUUCGCAAGUUGAGGUCAUGGAAAGGACAGUAG